AGCCUUCCAAACUUUUUCCCCUCCCCUUGUGUCGUGUUUCUCUCUCUCUCUCUCUCCUUCCCCCACCUUCACCCCCGACUGGAGACAGGGGUUUCCAGCGUCAAUAGCGAGCGUCACCGAGUGGCUCGGUGCCUGGGUCCCGCCCGGCGCGUCACACCCCAUUCAGAGGAGGCGUUCCCCGUCCUCUUCCACCCCCCCCCGCCACAGACAAAGCAUCGGGGCCGCGGCUCAGCGGCUCAUUUCGCCGGCUCCCCACCGCUUGGAGACUGCAUUUUAACCAUAUACCGGGCCAGCCGAGAGGAGGGGGUUUAGGGAGGUGAAGAUCCCAGUACACACACACAGAGGGAGUCUCCCGCAAUUUCCCAACCAUGUCCGCCUUCGCGUGUCGCGAUUACUUCGCUGCCGAGUGUUUGAUGUCCAUUUCCAGCGGCGCCGUGGUGCACCGCUCCCCGUUGAAGGGGGAAACUUGCGAGCUAACUUCAAGGGAGGACAAAGAGGUGAGCGACACGUUGAAGGACGGCGGUAACCUGCUGGUGGUGGCCAGCAUUCUCACCGACCUGCAGAAAUCCAGGCCGAUGUCUUCCAACUCGGAGAGCAGCAAUUCCUCCUCGGGCGAGAGCCUGGAGAGCGGUUACACGACCCUGUCGGAAGGGUCCUGCACGCCGAUCACACCCCCGACACUGAUCGCCGCAAACUGCACGUCGGAAAAGAGGAAAAUUAAGCGGUCGGACAAAUCUCUAGUGAAGAAGCACCAAUGUUACUUUGUGGGAUGCGAUAAAGUGUAUGGAAAAUCGUCCCAUCUGAAAGCACACAUGAGAACUCACACAGGGGAACGGCCUUUUCCCUGCACCUGGCCACAGUGUUUCAAGAAAUUUGCCCGUUCCGACGAGCUGGCCCGACACUACCGUACCCACACAGGCGAGAAGAAGUUCAAGUGCCCGAUGUGUGAGAAGAGGUUCAUGCGCAGCGACCAUUUGAUGAAGCACGCUCGCCGACAUCCUGAUUUCAAGCCUGCUAUGAUCGUCAAGCCCAGCAGCAGGAGCGUGUCGCCCCCCAAAAUGCUGGCGCCCACCUUCCACAGCCUAGCUCCUGCUUCCGUUGUCAUUCCUUCUCCCAAUCCAGCUAGUCCAGUGUUCAGUUAGACUGAAAAAGAACCCAGUUUGUACCAAAAGUCUUGUUAAGCUGAGAGUUUUAGCUUCCUACCCUCUGAGCAUGUGUGGACUGUGCUUGUAGAUGAUCUUCGCUUUUGAACCUUUUCGGUCUCUGCGGACAAGUGUUGGGGGAAGGGCCUUUUCCAUAUGCAUUGUUUUUGCACACACAGUGACUGUAGCCAGCCACAGAAUUGCUUGCUUUGUUGGGAUAGUAAAUUAGUGUGAAUUGUGGAUGUUGUUUAAAUUGUCCCCUAUGUUAUCUGUCCUAGUUAGACCUGAUGUCCAUUUUUUAUGUUUUAAUUUUUAACUUAUUGCAGUAACUCCAUACAGGCUUUUGAAGUAUAUUAAAAUACAUCCAUUGUGUUUAAUCAACCUAGUUGAAAAUUGACCUAUUUUAGUGGCUUUUUCUGAAAUUAAACAGUCAUGCAGACCGAAUGAGCAACAGCUCUCACCGUCAACUAAACCAGCCACACAAAUCUCCACUGUGCUAACACAUUGUUGAGAAAGAACUAUAAAUGACACUUUAGGGCAGUUUUAACUGGAUCAGGGAGAGUAAAAGUGAAGUCACUUUUUUUCCAUUUUUUCAGGUUUUAUGAACAAGUCUUUAUAUGUUCAAAUGAAUUAAAAAAAACCUUGAAGAAUCAAAUCUGGUUUAGUUUGUCCAUUGAUUUUCAGUCAUUUGUUACAGUUUCCCUCUCAUGAACAAUGUGUUCAGCUCAGGAACUGAAUUACUGCAACUUUGCAGUGUUCAUCAUACAUUGACAAUGAUUUGCAGCUUUAUCCAGUUGGUACCUCUCAGGGCUACAAAAGAUCUUUCCAAUAUGUGGCAGAAAGACACCCAGGACUGCAAUUCUGGACAUAUCUUUGGUAAAAUAGUUUCUCUUUUGAGGGUGGCCUGCUGCUCCAUACAUCUGACCGCAUGUUUGUAUGCAGCCGCUGUAUGGUAAGCAUGCUGCUGGCAGAUUGAGCAGGCUAGGCUGUGCAUGACAGUGAGAUUGAGAUUAAUCCCAGCCUGUUGGAGAUCUCCCAGCUGACAAUUCAGUUUUACUCUGCUGUACAGAACUUUAGAUUGCAGAGAGCUAAACCAUUCGGAUCUAAACAAGAAUCUGGCUUCAUACUUUUGUCAGUCUGCUUUGUAUGAUUGAUCUCUUGAAGGUAAACUAUAUCCUGAACAUAGGAUCUAUAAUGAUACCUAUUUCUUUGCUAACUUCACUGUGAACCAACAUAGCAGUAACACGUAUCCAAAGUAGGACACCUUCAUUCAGAAUACUUAAAUUACAAUGGUAUUUUGUAUCCCGUCUCAUCGGAGAUCAGUUGGCAGUUUUUCUGGGAAUAAAAUGACAGUGCUCUUUAUGCUAAUAAAACUAAAAGUUACAAACUGCUUCCGGGUAAGAUCUGCAACCCUUUCAAUGCGAUGGGAUAUUAUUGAGAUCUGCUAUUCACUGGUGAUAACUGUGCAAACACGUGUGCACCAAGAGAGUUGUGUCUUCAGAGCUUUCAUCGGAAAUCUUAUUGAAAGGCAUUUGACUGGUUUUAACCUGCUCAAGUCAUCUGUGUGCAAAAAUAAUAAUAGCAGCGGGGUUAUGUGCAUACUGCCUUUCUUAAAGUGCUCCUUUUAAUAACGUAUUUUUGUAACAUUUCUACUCAGGGGGCUGUGUUGCUGAUGCAUGCAUUUCACCAUGUAAAUGUGGAGUGUGUGUCUCUGUUGUUUUUACCUGUUCAGUGUGUGAUAUUGGAACUGUAUUGUUCCCAGCAAUUUGCUUGUGGUAAACUGUUGAUCAGUUACCAAAAGGGAAGAUAUUCAUAUUCUUUAUCUAAAUGUGUUCUACUCUACUAAAAUUACUAGAUGUGUGUUUGGAAAAAAAUGAUAAAUAUAACUUUAAAAAGGUAAUGUAAAUAUCUGUGGAAAGCAUGUUUUUAAGGUGAUUUUAAAUUUACACUAAUGAUUAUUUUACUAUAAAUAGCUUGUGCACUAAUGCACACACCUCUCAACCAGAUGUGUUUCAGGAAUUCAACCACGGGUCAUAAAUCAUAUAAAUGCCCCUACUUUAGUCUCAUCUCAGUCUUCGCCAGGCAUUGUUUUUUAAAAUAGAGUGAUCUGAAUAGAAUGUUCCAUCCACAACUGUUUUGUUUUUGCCUUCCCCUAUUGGUCCUAAAUUGACUGUGAUUUAUCCAGCUUAUUUGGACAGCUUCAAAUAAAUCUUUGAGUCUGAGUGCUGAUGAGUAACUCUUACUUGCUAGUUUGACAUAAUUUGUGAGCUUCCCUUAAAAUUAACUCGUUUGUAUUUAAUAUUCCUAUCAGGCAUCGAGAUUCUUUCAAGUAACAAAAUAAUAUGGUGGGGGAGGAGGAUUGUGAUUUUUAAUUGAUCACACAUCCCACAUAUUAAGAACAGUAGUAGUUGUUAUUACCAUUUUUAAAAAAAAUCCAGGGUAGUAAUUUCUCAUUAUGUUAAAACCAUAAAUAAGCAAAUAGUCCAUAGGUUAAAUCAUAGAAAUGCUAGCCUUGAAACAUUCCAGAUUUUGUUAACACGGUUUCAUAAUCAGACUUAUUUCCAUUAUGUAAAAGAGAAAUUUUACUCCUGCAUAUCUGACAUUUAUUGCAACGAUGCCAAGGUUGGUAAUGAAGGAUUUGUAAUCUGAUUUGCAAGAACAUGCAAUCAGAGAGAGGCUAUUACCCAAAUAAAGCUCUUCACAAUAAUUCCAUCUAUGACCUUAAACUCCUGACAUUGCUACCAUUAUUGUCAAUCUUCAUUUUGCUCUUAGUUGGUGUUUUUAAUACAUUUUUAGAAACGUUACCUUUUAGUAGAAUCUUUUUCCCAUAUCUUAAAACAAUAUUCUGUGUUUUCUCCUCCCAAUUUAGCAUUGAGUCAUUCAACUCCAUGUUGGGACACUUGAAUUCUUGCUUGAAUGCUAUGUUUAGGCUUUGUUUAAACAUUCCUUUUUUCCCCCCAGAAAAAAAACCUUUUUACUAUUCCCCCCCCCCCCCAUCAAUCAUCAUUGACCAAUAGUAGAUAUCUAUUCUAUAGCCUAGCAUGGCUGCUUUGAAAACUAACUUCCACAGUGAAGCCUCUUCGGCUUUGUCACGGUCAUUUACAGAAUGAGUCCCUGGAACUGUUAGCAUCAGGGUUACUCAAGACAUGGAUGUCGAUUUAUUCACAAAAAUAACCACGUUCUCAAAGCUUAACCCUGUAGACCUGUGCUAGAGGCAGUAAUAUGAUAUAUUUUUGGCAUAAGGAUUGAUUUGUUCCAAAAUACCAAUAUCCUAUCAACCUGCCCUUGGAAUAAAGCCUAUUGUUAUCCCCUUCCUCCUUGUGGAUUGAAUAUAGUUGUCUGACUGUGUGGAAAAAGCUGUCCAGUAGAUAGGUUGUGAUGGUCCAGCUUCCAAUUAGGAUGUCAAUUCGGUCCUCUUGUCCUGCUUGAUCAGCCUGCUGUUGGUUAAGCAACAUUUGAAGAAGCUUGCUGUUUGCUUCACAUCAAAAGUGCUGGCUGAAGUUGUUGGGAUUUUAUCCUUGAUAAUGUUACUGAACAAAGGGCAGCCAUGUAGUUUCUGUUUUGUGAUGUGCUUUUUAUUUCAUUGGUAGGUGUUGCUAAUGAGGUGUGAGGAAUGCCAUACUCUUUGAGAUACUAGUAUUUAAGGAUGUAAGGAUUGUAUCAUUCCAAUUUAUAAUUCAAAAACCAAGGCUGCAGGCAGCCCUUCACUUAUUUGCAAUAAACAUAAGUAUUCAGUACUAUGAAGCCAGUAAUGGGUCAUUGGUAUAGAUCUAACAUUAGGAUUCCAGAAGAAGUAGCCAAUAUAUAUUGGGUCAGUUCUGUCUUGGGUUGUGCAAAUUGCCUUCUCUAUAUGUUGUACGGCUGUCCUGACCUGUGAAAUCCAGUUUCUUUUUAAACUGAGGGUCACUUUUGACCAAACAUUUCACAUUGUAGCACUCUGUUCUGUUGCUGUUACUAACUGUAGAUAAGAGGAAGCUGUUAGUCACAACUCCUGCACAAUCUAGGGCCUUGAAAACAAUACUGUCUCUUGGGAGGAAUCUGACUGGUAGACAUUUACUGUAAGGAAUGCCCUUCUGGUCUUCAAAACAUUGCACAUUUUUAAAAAAAAUCAUUAUUGUAUUAAGUGUUUUCCUGAAUUUGUACUGUUUUAGCAACCUUUCUAUUUUCCUUUUUGUUAAUGCAACUGAAAGAUGCAACAUGAGCAUUAACAUUUUGAUGUGUAAUAUCUUUUCUGAAAUCACAUCGGUUUUCUCUCCUUUCCAUCGCUCUUGUGAGGCCAACAAUUUACGCUAGUGCAGUGAUUUAUAUGCACACAUAUCUUUGGUACUUUGGUGCCUACUUCCUGACUCAAAAGACAGCAGAGUUUGUCAAUGCAAUAAUCUCAUCUUGCAUCCAAAGGUCAGGAGGACAAUCCUGGCCACGUUUUUCCCCCUUUGCCCCCACCUUUUACAUUGUAAACUAUUGAGUCUCCAUUGAUUACAUAAUUCAGACUGGGGAUUUUCUUGGUUUGUAUUACUCAGAGCAUCCCAUUUAUAAAUGGAGGAUUUUAUUUAACGAUGGAGCAUUUCUACAUCGGCUGUUUGGAAAUUUGGCAUUUACUAGAAAAUCAGAAGCAACGAUUCAUUUCCUUAAAAUAAGUUGGUGGGAGCACCAUUGAAAAUAAUUAACCUUUUAAAAAUGCAAACACGUGUGGAAUAAUAAACUGGAUUUUUGUGUAUGUAGUCUGUCAAAGUUUGGCAAUUUAAACAAAUGUUUUUAAACUUUCAAAGUAGAUGCAGCUUCAAAAAGAAGCGUCUUAUUCAGGAAUUACCAGUAUAUGUGCCUAAAAGGAAUCCUGUUUUCACUAUCAGUAUCCCUGUGUUUAAGUCUGUACGUGUAGUACCCAUGUAGCAGUUGGUAUUACUGGAAGCUUUGUAUUUUACUUUUUUACAGCCAUUUUAUGGAUAUUGUAUUUUAUAUUCUGGUGGUCAGUUAUAUUAGUAAAUGUGCUGAUAAAUUGCAGAAAGCUACAAAGCAUUACAGAGAGAUUGCUCUUCGACAUUUUGCAUGGUUGACUGAAUUUUGUAUAGAGUGAAUAAACAAUGAUGUCCUAAUUAAACAAAAAUGUGCAUCUUUCUUUUGUACAAUGGGGGCCCUUAUAAGCUGGUGUGUUUAAAAUCAGUGUAUUUUCCCACUAGUGACUCGUGCCAGGAAACUGCUACAGACAAAUAAUUGUCUAGCAUCUGUCACUGAGUUGUCCUGCACUUAAGCUGGAUGUUGUAAUCAACAUGUACAUUUUUUUUUACAACACAAGUGUCACUUUGACAUUACAGUCCUAAUCCUUUAAAAAUUCAACUCCCUGCUUCUGUGGCACAUCAGGCAGCAAUCUUGCCGUUUUUUUUACUGUUUUUUUUACAAGGCCAUCUUUCUAGCUCGACUCUCAACCCUGCACAGCAUGUAAGGUGCCAGCUGGAUUUUGACCACUUGCCUCUAAGCCCUGUACUGAUGCCACUACACCACCAGCCGGCUAAAGUUAAAGUAAAUUUAUCGAAGCAUAUAUAUGCCACCAUAUAUGACCCUAAGAUUCAUUUUCUUGCAGAUGUUUACAGUUGAACAAAGUAAUACAAAAGAAUCAAUGAAAAACUACACAGUGACAAAUAACCAAUAUGCAAAAACAUAGUAACUAAAUAAGUAACUAUCGACAACAUGAGUUGUA